CAAAAACGGACAACGACGACCCCAAACAAAGCAACAGCAUGACAUUUGUAGGAAGAUUCGGAAUCCUGCCGAUGCUUCCGCCGCGCUAUUGUCCAAUGUGUGUCUUGAGACAAGAUGCACGAGCACCGCGCUGGCUGCUGCUUACUGCGACAAACGCUCUGUAUAAAGCACUCUCGCCCACACCCGACUCUAUGUCUGACUCUGUCUUAUUCCAUCCACAGUCAUCAAACCAACAACUCACCCAUCUCCAGACACAUCUCGCACCGAGUUUCACCAGAAAAUCAGACAAUAAGCCUCCAGAACCGGUAAUCGAGACAGUGCCCGCCGCCGAGUCCUUGACGCGAUGCAGCUCGUUUCGUUUGCAGCGUUUCUGCUCGCCGCCGCCCUUCCCGUCAUCGCCAAGAUGAUGCUGGGCGGCGGACUGGGCUCUCAGCUCCCCCUCCUCUCCUCUAGCGUCCGCCGCAGGCUGUCGCAGCGCCGCACCAUGGCAGAGCGCGGUGUCUGCGCGUCGCCUCUGGUGUGUCCCAAGACGCCCGUGAUGCAGGCCACGCCGGCAAUGAGCCAGUCUCCUGCCUUCCGGCCCCAAUCCCCUGCCGUCCGCUUCCGGGAGCCGUUCGGCACUUCGUCCCCAGGCGAUGACGACGAUGUUGAUUAUGCCAGGCCCGACACUCCCUUCCACACGCCUUUUCUGAGGCCCGAAACACCCUCGCUUACCCCAUUUCUGAGGCCGCAGAGCCCUAAAUCCCAGCCGCAGACGAGCUCCAACUCGAAUAUUAACCCAAUCACUCGUGGCAGGCGCGUUAGCUAUUGGGAUAACCCGUACGCGGACCGGAACCCCUCUCACACCGUUGCAGCGGCAGACUCUGGACGGCAGUUAGUGCCGACAAUUACCAUCCUGGAGGUUCGCGAUGGCGUUGUCGUCAAGCGCGAAGUCGAGAAGUCCCUCGAUCAGGACACCUCAGACCACCAAAGGUAUCCGCGAUCUCCAUACCCCGCCAAAUACCCUCAGUCCCCAUUCCUGCCCCAGUACCCCAAGUCGCCGUACCCCUCCAAAUACCCGCAGUCUCCCUACCCGGGCGGCACCACGGACCAGACGGCUUUCCCGCCGGUGCGCGAGAGCAUGCCCACCGACAGCAGCAACUCGCUCGCGGUGACGGGCCGGGGCGCGGACCUGAUCGAGCGGGCGGCGACGUGGGCGGCCGAGCGCGGCGUCGACACCAACGUCGGGCUCGAGGACUUCGAGGAGCGCUCGUACGUGGGCCGCGCCAUCCGCAAGCUGCGGGGCACGAGCCGCCGCGAGAGGCAGGAGAGCGCGCGCGCCCAGGUCGUGCGCGAGGCCCGCAAGAACUGGGCCGCCCGCUCGCUCGACGCCACCCACCACUGGGCCGCCAGGGGCCUCGGCGGCACCCACCACCUGGCCCACCGCGGCCUCGAGGGCGUCGAGGCCGUGGGCCGCGGCGCCGCCGACGGGCUGGACGCGGUCCGCAGGGGCGCCGCUGGCGGUCUCGAGGCGGUCGGGCUGGACUCGGUCGGUGGCGCACUGAGGCCGCGUGGCGACAGCCGGUCCGGCGGCCGCGAGGGAGGAGAGCCCUUCCCGCAUGCCGAGGACGCUGGUUCACCUUCCUCUUCUUCCUCUUCUUCCUCUAGGCAGAGCUCGCCUUCGCCGCGCCGUCGCGUGCUCCACAAGACGGCUCGCGUCCGGGACGCCGACGACGCCGACCUGUCCUGCAUAGUGGCCGAGGUCAUGGCGGUGAGCGCGGUCGAGCCGGAGCAACAGAGCGCCGGCAGGCGUUUCAGCCUGAGCAUGAAGUCCCUGAAAGACCUGGGGCGGCGCACACGCAGCGGCACCGACAGCUCCACUGGUAGCAGCGCCUCGGAUCCCGGCAGCAGGACGCGGAGCGCCAGCGACAGCAGCGGCGAAGAGCGCACCGGCAUUAGCUCGAGGCGCGUCUCUCUGCCGUGGAACAAGGCGAAGUAAGGCAGCAAGGUUCUGCUGGGGUCACAGCGGCCCUAUCACCUUUUUUUAAUUCGCCGGGUGGCGUACAUCUUGUGUGAUUUGGCCAGCGUCAAGUUACCGAGCGAGGCGAAAGCCAUCAUUCUCCGAUUGCAUGUGAACUCAAUAUCUUUUGCACAAACUUUUUCAGGGGCGCAGGGGCGUUAGGUUAGGGUGUAUCGCGGAUACCCACCGGUCGUUCUUUGUGUUUUGUUUCCUGGCGUCUUUCCUUUGUUCCAUUUGUAUCGCAUUGCGUUGGUGGCGGCGUCCCUACAUGUGUUUACGUAUCAUUAGUUUUCAAAUCAUCACUCUUCAAGCGCC